AUAAGUCUUUUCUAACCCAUUUAAUCCUUCCUAUUGAGCUCUUCCCAUUCUUUCGAGGAGCCAAAAAGAAAGAAACAGAGAGAACAUUACUAUUGCAGCAAUGUGCUCAAGCUUUUCUAUUGCAGCAAAGCCUUGUUUCAUCAAAACAAACAAUGGUAAAUUUUUGCAACCCAAAUUCAUAGUUACAAGGGCAAGAGCUAAUCAAGUGAUCGUAUCACCUCCUAAUAAGCCAUCAUCGAAGAUUACUGCCUCUCCUCCUUUACUAACAAAAGGCAUUCCUCAUGUAAGUGAAAUUGUUGAGAGACAGUCUCAGAGUAAGUAUUUAGCCACGCAAAAUGCCUGCAGAAAACCUGAGUUUCAUCCUUUGUUUCUUGAAGAAGCCUAUGAGAGGUGCAAGAACAUUUGUGCUGAAUAUGCCAAGACUUUCUAUCUAGGAACUUUGCUAAUGACGGAGGAGAGGCAAAAGGCUAUAUGGGCUAUUUAUGUGUGGUGUAGAAGAACAGAUGAAUUAGUAGAUGGGCCAAAUGCAGUCCAUAUGAGCUCUGCGGUUCUUGAUAGAUGGGAAGAGAGACUUGAAGACAUCUUUGAUGGCCGCCCUUAUGACAUGCUUGAUGCUGCUCUUACUCAUACUGUUUUCAACUUCCCCUUAGACAUUAAGCCUUUUAGGGACAUGAUUGAAGGAAUGAGAAUGGACACAAGGAAAUGUCGGUAUGAGAAUUUUGAAGAGCUGUAUAGAUACUGCUAUUAUGUGGCUGGCACUGUUGGCUUAAUGACUGUACCAGUAAUGGGAAUAGCUCCAGAAUCUUCUCUUUCUCCUCAAACUGUCUAUAAUUCUGCUCUAUUCUUGGGUAUUGGAAAUCAGCUCACUAACAUUCUCCGAGACGUGGGAGAGGAUGCAUUGAGAGGAAGAGUUUAUCUUCCACAGGACGAACUUGCAGAAUUUGGAUUAUGUGAUAAAGAUGUUUUUGCGAGAAAAGUGAGUGAUGGGUGGAGAGAGUUCAUGAAGCAGCAGAUUGCAAGAGCAAGAUAUUACUUCAAUCUUGCUGAGGAGGGAGCCUCGCAGCUAGACAAGGCUAGCCGUUGGCCGGUAUGGUCAUGCUUGAUGCUGUACAGAGAAAUAUUAGAUGCAAUUGAGGAUAACGAUUAUGACAAUUUGACAAAAAGAGCUUACGUUGGAAGGACCAAAAAGCUUCUCACUUUGCCCUUAGCAUACACUAGAGCUCAAACAUCACCGACUUUGAUCCUUCAAUGACAAUAUUUUCCUCAAUGGUACUCUGAACAAACGUAUAAUCUCUCUCGAACGGUAAAGUGUAAAGGUCUUUAUUCCUUUUAAUCAGUGGAGGAGCUAAGA